GGCACGGGGGCGCGCAGGCCGCACGCACCGUGCACGUCCGGGCCGCGGGGUCCAGGUGGGCCGUGGUCCGCGCGCGGCCGCGGCUGCCCUCUUCCGAGGCGGGAGGGGCAGACGGAGAAGGCUCGGGCCCGGCGGGAGCCAUGUUUGUGGCACGCAGCAUCGCGGCGGACCACAAGGACCUCAUCCAUGAUGUAUCUUUCGAUUUCCACGGGCGGCGGAUGGCGACCUGCUCGAGCGACCAGAGCGUCAAGGUCUGGGAUAAAAGUGAAAGUGGAGAUUGGCAUUGUACUGCUAGCUGGAAGACACAUAGUGGAUCUGUGUGGCGUGUGACAUGGGCUCAUCCUGAAUUUGGACAGGUUUUGGCUUCCUGCUCUUUUGACCGAACAGCUGCUGUUUGGGAGGAAAUAGUAGGAGAAUCAAAUGACAAACUGCGAGGACAGAGUCAUUGGGUUAAGAGGACAACGCUAGUGGACAGCAGAACAUCUGUUACUGAUGUGAAAUUUGCUCCUAAGCAUAUGGGUCUUAUGUUAGCAACCUGUUCAGCGGAUGGUAUAGUAAGAAUAUAUGAGGCACCAGAUGUUAUGAAUCUCAGUCAGUGGUCUCUGCAGCAUGAGAUCUCAUGUAAACUAAGCUGUAGUUGUAUUUCUUGGAACCCUUCAAGCUCUCGUGCUCAUUCCCCCAUGAUAGCUGUAGGAAGUGAUGACAGUAGUCCAAAUGCAAUGGCCAAAGUUCAGAUUUUUGAAUAUAAUGAAAACACCAGGAAAUAUGCAAAAGCUGAAACCCUUAUGACAGUUACUGAUCCUGUCCAUGAUAUUGCAUUUGCUCCAAACCUGGGAAGGUCUUACCACAUUCUGGCCAUAGCAACCAAAGAUGUGAGAAUUUUUACAUUAAAGCCUGUGAGGAAAGAACUUACUUCCUCUGGCGGACCAACAAAAUUUGAAAUCCAUAUAGUGGCUCAGUUUGAUAAUCAUAAUUCUCAGGUUUGGCGAGUGAGUUGGAAUAUAACAGGAACAGUGCUAGCAUCUUCAGGCGAUGAUGGCUGUGUAAGAUUAUGGAAAGCUAAUUAUAUGGACAAUUGGAAGUGUACUGGUAUUUUGAAAGGUAAUGGGAGCCCUGUCAAUGGGAGUGCUCAGCAGGGAAACCCAAAUCCUUCCCUAGGUUCAAAUAUCCCAAAUCUUCAAAAUUCAUUAAAUGGAUCUUCUGCUGGCAGAAAGCACAGCUGAGUACCAGCUAACUGGAGUAACUUUGCUGUUUUGCUGCUUGUUGCAUGCACACAGGAAUGGAAAGCAAGCUCCUUUUCCCCUUCCCCAGCGCCAUUUGACCUCUUCCAAGAUACACCAGCAGCCUGCUUACUACUACUAAACUGCAAUCCAAAAAGCUUCUAAAAACAGUAUAUAUCUUUUCUUUUUGUAUUGGCCAGUUUAUUGACACUAUUUGAAACUUUUGAAUAUAAAUGGAGAGGCUUUUUGUUGAGACAUUGUCACCAAAACAAUUUUUGGAAAUGUUUUUGAAAUUAACCUGGGUUUUUAAAAUGAAAAGGAUUUAUUACCACCCUUAUAAGUAGUUGGGAGGAGGGAAAAUAUAACUUUAUUCCAUUUGGAGAAUGAAGGUUUAUUUCUUUUGUUUUUCUAAAACAGUAAGCUAAAAUGAUGAAUUUUUAUAAUUUUAAUUUGAAGCUUUAAUAUUUUUCAUAAAGAUUGUUUUGAGUGCUAAUCUGUUUACCUUUUGUAGAAUUGGUUUAAACAUGAUAUUCAGUACAACUCUCAUUUCUUUGUAAUAUUUUUAAAAUAUUAGUAAAGGUGGAGAAAAGUAGUAGUAAAAUGGAACUGUACAGUUUGUAGCCAAAUUAAAUAUUUGGUAUUGCAUCAUUUAUAAUUUGGUAGUACAAUUAAAACACCUUUGUAAGCUUUUUAUUCAUAUUCACUAAAGAGAUAAAUGUUUCUUUUAUGUGCUUGUUUGUAUAUAUUUAUGGUGUGAUUCUAUGGUUUAAAUUUCCUUCAAGUCAAAAUUGGGAAACAUACUAUAAGAGAAGCAGUUGAAAUUUUGCUGAAAUUGUGCAUGCACAUUAACUUCCACAUUCCUUGUCCCUGAAUUUUCUUAAUUUAGUUGGCUGCUUCAUGUAGUUAAUAUCUUAUAGAACUGUGACCUUAAAGACAAAGCCAUAAAUUUUUUUUUUGCUAAAGUGCAUAAUUAUUAUGAGUAAGUUAUAAUUAAAUGUCAGAAUAACAGCAAUAGGACAUAUUCUUUGAGCCCUUUUAGUUAUCAAAAUUUUGUACUAUUGUAAGGAUUUGCAGCAAACCAACUAAGAGUAUUCAGAGAUUGUAUUUCUUUGAAAGUAUGUUGCAAUAACUGGCUAUACUUUGUGAAAGUAUAUUUGAAUUGGUUUUCAGUAUCAUGUUUGCAUUAAAAAAUGUGAAAUAUGUGCCAGCUGCUACUACAAAUGAAGCGUUACUUAAAAUAAAUUAAGAGCUUAUUAGAUUUGUAAAUUUUCAGGAUAGCAUCAAAUGUUUCUGAGAGGUUAGAAAAUGUUUUAAAAUAUAUAAUUGUCUCUUUUUUUAACAUUCAUUCUGGUAAUUUUUUUUAACAUUUUAACAGAUUGUAGUUUUUUCUUUCAAGUUUCUAUACUUGCUUAGGCAAGCGUGAUUUGAGUAAGGGUCUUGAUUUUUGGAUAAUAUUAUGUUCUGUUAGUUUGGCAUGAAUCUAUUAAAGCUAUUUCCCCCCCGGCA